AUGAUAGGAUCUUGGAUCUUGGAUGCCGUUUGCUUUGUCAAACAAAAGGCAGCAUCCUUCAAAACAUGGCUCUAUCCUCUAUCCACGUCCCAAACUACAACGGUAGGCGGAAAUCACCAGUUGGCGGCUACCAGCCAGCCCUCCAGCCGCCACCUCACAAUCCUUGAUUUGCCCACCGAAACGAAGCUGCAGGUCCUGAGCUACCUGACCGUCACAUCGCGGGCCUGUGUGGCCCUCACCUGCACGCGCCUCUAUCACCAAUUCUCUGAUGUCCUUCAAUCAGAGGAGUUUCGUUACCCUGCCCCCAGCAGCGGCAGACAUCGGCACGAAUCCAUAAGGACCGAGCUUCUCCUCAGACUGGAAACCCAAUUCUGGCUCUUCUGCGAUGCCUGCUUGAUGCUUCAUCCACGAAGCGAGUUCUUUAAGGACGACUUGGAACUCAAAGCCCCCCGGAUCUGCAAAUGGCCGGGUGUAAUCCAACUGUGCCGAUGCCUCAGAUUCACCCCGGGCAGGCUCAUUCGACUGCGUGAGCAGCUGCAAUUGGCGCUCACAACAAACAGCAUGGGGCCUCACAUCAUGAACAGCAUCCCAAAUUGGCAUCGCUGUCAAGAAAGCGACAACUGUUGGCUUUCAAUCACCCUUGCCUUGGACGAGUCGCUAAGGGUCGUUUUUCGACUCUGCUUCAUAAUGACCUUUGAUCUUUCGGAGCCCCAUUCAAACCAGUCAGUUUUUAUUUGCAGGCAUGGCUGGCACGAUCUGAAAUCCAUUCGUGCGCACGACAAUCACUGCGCAUCGUGCAUGGCCCAAGCUGUGUUGGCAGAUGAUGCAGAAUGUCGAUCCUGCCAAAUCAUCCGUGGAACCACGCUGUACACCUGCGAAGCAUGCCAUGACUGCCUCAACCUAGAUUUCGACACCCGGGAGGCGGAUGGUCGCCUAGAGUUUACUGUCAGCUUUGAUCGAGUGUACACCGUUCCAUGUCGGGAACCACCCGGUCCGUGGGCGUUGACCCAGGCGGACUAUGAUUGGACGAUUCCUGGCAUAAGGCAAUAG